GACGACGAAACGGUGCGUGGUGCUCUGCAAGUGAUGAUGAGCGAAAGUGACUAGACAAAAAUUUCUUCAAACCUUUCACAUAAACCUCUGGUGAUUCACGAGAAAAACAGAAUUUUCUGCUCGUGUUCGUGCAAAAAACAAAGUACUAAAUCUUCUGUAGGAUUGUUGUGCUUCCGAGUAAAAACGAGGGCAAAAAAAUAACUUUCGUGGCUGGGUUGCAGACGGGCGUAGAGAGCAGCAGUGAAGAAGAAAAAGUCGAUUCUGGUUACGACGGAAAAGAAAAAUCGGUAGGUGACGUUUUCCAUUCGAGAGCAAGCGUUCCGUUUUCGUCUUGAUCUCCGUCGUCGCAUCAGCAAACAACCAGCAACAGCAGCUGGGAGCAACGCUAGCGGAGGAGGUGCUGCGGCCAGAAGAAAAAAAAAAUCGAAAGAAAAGCCAAGUACGACUGGCGAGUGAACUUUGUGCGUGUUUGCAAGUAGCGAAAACAAAAGCCUUUGUGUCUGUGAAACCGAGUUCCAUUGGUGGCAGGCAAAACGGCUUCAAAAGUGGAAGUCCAUCAAGCAAAGAGGAAGCAGUCCGAAAUGGAGCUCACACCGGAAGAAAUUCGAGCGAGGCGUUUGCGGAAGCUGGAAACGGGGACACCAGGAGGAAACAGAUCUCUGGUUGUAGCCACUACUACCGCCACCGAUGGCCAACAGGAUAGCCCAGUUGGGGUUGAGACUGUUGCUGUCGCAUCUUCCGUCGAAGGAGAAUCAACAACCACGUCCACCGUUGCUGAGACGAAACCGGUGCCACAAUCGCCAACGAAACCCAGCGUUGGCACGGAAGCCAGCAGUGCAGAAUCUCCUACCAAAAUGGAUGAAGAUCCACCGGUGGCAAACAACAGCAUUCUGCCACUGGUGAACCAGGAAACUCCAACCAAGAUUGAAGACAAAACUCGCGACGAAGCUGCCACGCGUGAGGAACUUCAGCAGAUUGUGUUUCGCAUUAUGAACAUCAACAGCCAGAUCCGCUAUUCCGAGGCACGCUUCACUAUCGAUCCGGCCGUGCUGGCGAAUGCCCUGGAAGCCUUGGAUGCCAAAAACUAUCGCGAGUUUUGCGCUGAGAUAUUCAUCGAGGUCAUCAAGGAGUUCUACGAAGGCAAAUUGAUACAGUCUGGUGAUGGCAGCACGAGUGGGACCCUUUCGGAUAACUGGAACAGCAUCCCGUCCAAGAAGGUCAAACCGAUCGAUAUCGAGGAGGUGUUGGAGAAGAGUGGCGGUAGUGCAGCGAUGGAAAUUGAUAGCGAUAUUAGGCUUUGCUCAUCAAAGCCAAGCAUGAAGGCUUUCAGUUCAAACCGUGUGGCAGCGUUGGAUUAUCUCAUCAACUGCUACUGCCGAGCAAACGACGAAGUGUACAGCUAUACCAAAAUCAAGAAGAGCAAGAAGAUGUACUUGAUGGAGAUCCUGCCCGACGUAGCUGCCAUCAUCCGGCAGCAGACGCUCAAGUAUGCCAUUCUGUUGACGAAGAACCGGUUCCAGAACUUUGCCCAAAUCGAUAAUCCGGCCAAGUUGAUUCUGGAGAAAUCACCGCUGCUGCAGUUAAUGUAUGAAAAUAAGGUUCCGUCGGACUUUUUAUCUAGCUUAAUGGCCGAAGCUCGUAAGAACGAGUCGGAUUUCGAUGCCAUCUUCACCAUCGUUCUAGAUGAUCUGUACGUCGACAUGCAGAAUACCAUAUGCAACGAAAACAUCGUUUCGGACCCGCUGAACCGACUGAAAGAGCUAGUCGAGAUCAAGGUGGAAAAUACGAAUCCAAUCUGCAAACUGAUUGUGAAACACGUUGUGUUCCUGCCAAGACUGACACUGGACAAGUACGCGGCCAGGGAAAUCUCCAAGGUAUCCUUCCUGGCACCAUUCCUUUCCCUGUCGGUCCUGUUGGACGAAAAUCCUAAAUUCGCAACGCAUCACUUUUUGGAAAAUGUUUGCGAUAGAACACUGGCCUCGUCCUUCCAGACUCUGUUGGGAAAUACCAGAAAAGUUUUGCAUCAAAUUUUCCUAUCUCUGCUAACGAAUUUGGACAGCCGACAGGAAGUGCUUAAGUACAUCUCGGAAAUUUUGAAAACCAACCACAAACGAAUUCAGUACAACGCUGACGAUCGGUUCCUGGCAAAGGAUGGAUUCAUGUUGAAUUUCAUGUCCAUUCUUCAGUUGCUGUCGGUUAAGAUCAAUUUAUCCCGGAUAGAUCCACUGUAUCCGCAUCAUCCGGAAGCCUUGAUAGAUAUUGACGACGAAACGAAGCUCAAAAAUUCUUCUCAAGAGUACACCGAAUGGCUGGAGAAGCUUCGUCCCGCGAAGAAAUGGGAAACACCCAAGUUUGUUACGCAUUGCUGGUUCCUAACACUUCACGCUCAUCACCUGGGCAUCAUACCAGCGAUUCAGCGGUACAACAAGCUGCUUAGAGCUACCAAGGAACUCCAGCGAAUGGUUGAUGAACUGAAUGCCAGCAAAAGCCAAUGGGAAAACACUCCGCUGGCUCGUAGGAACAAACAAGUUCGGGAUCGUUGUGUAAAUCAGAUCAACAAGCUGUCAAAGGCCAAACUCGGCUGUGACAUCGCGGUCAUCGAUCCCAAUGUACUGGGCGCCUGCAUGCAGUUCUACUCGUCCGUAUGCGAAUACAUGCUGUAUCAGAUCGAAAACCGACCCAUCGAAGAUCUGUUCGUCAACAAACAGGAGCCGUCGACGUUGGUCCCGAGCGAAAACUUCUGCUCUCUGCCCGAGUGGUACAUCGAGGAUAUCGCGGAUUUUAUUCUGUUCUGCAUGCAGCACAGUAUUGGGGUCAUUGAUUUUGUAGAUAAUUCAAUCAUCACGUGGAUCCUUACGCUGGUGUGUGCGCCGCAUCUGAUCAAGAAUCCCUACAUCACUGCCAAACUGAUCGAGGUGCUCUUCGUAACCUCGCCAACCAUCCAGACGGCAUCGCAGCGCCUUUAUCUGCAGAUCAUCAACCACGAUCUGGCCCAGAGGGCCCUGGUCAUCGCCCUCAUGAAGUUCUACACCGACAUCGAAACUACUGGUCAGAGUACCGAAUUCUACGACAAAUUCACCAUUCGGUAUCACAUAAGUCACCUGUUCAAAGGUCUCUGGGACAGUGUGGGCCACCGGCAGGCAAUCAUCAAGGAGUCAAAGAUGGGUAAACAGUUUGUAAAGUUCGUAAACUUCUUCCUAAACGAUACCACCUAUCUGCUGGACGAAUGCCUGGAGUACUUGAAGCGAAUUCACGAAACGCAGGUACUGAUGAUGGAUGAUAUGGCGUGGAAUGAGCUCGGCCAGGAAGCGCAGCAAAGCCGUCAGAGACAGCUGGUUCAGGACGAGCGACAGUGUAGAUCUUAUCUGACCCUAGCCAGAGAAACGGUAGACAUGUUCCACUAUCUAACGAUCGACAUCAAGGAACCUUUCCUGCGACCAGAACUGAUCGACCGGCUGAGCUCGAUGUUGAACUACAACUUGCAGCAACUGUGCGGUCCAAAGUGCAAUGAUUUGCGAGUACGUAAUCCCAUGAAAUACGGUUGGGAACCGCGAAGAUUGCUCGGUCAGCUGAUCGACAUCUAUCUUCACUUAAGCUGUGAUGAAUUCGCCGCCGCCCUGGCAGCGGAUGAACGAUCGUUCGAAAAACACCUCUUUGAAGAUGCUGCCAAUCGCGUGGAACGAAUCGGUAUUCGAACUCCGAUGGAAGUGGAAGAAUUCCGAAAGCUCAUUCACCAGGCAUCCGAAAUCUACAUCCAGAAUCAGCAGAAUGCGGACGAGUUUGCUGAUGCUCCGGAUGAUUUCAAGGAUCCACUGAUGGACACACUGAUGAGCGACCCAGUGAUACUGCCGUCCGGAACCGUAAUGGACAGAUCGAUCAUCACCAGGCAUCUACUCAACAGCAGUACCGAUCCGUUCAAUCGGCAAACGCUCACGGAGGACAUGCUUAUACCAGCAACGGAGCUGAAGGAACGGAUCGAGAAGUGGAUUAAAGAUUAUCGCGAGAAGAAAAAACAAUAAGACUUGAAGUUUUUAAUAAAUUACAAACUAUAAUUGUUUUUAAUUUAAACUUGUCGAACGAAUUGUGACAGAAGGCAAACACUCAAAAACUGAAUUUAAUAUUAUAAUGCUAUACAUAUUAGACAUAUUUAUAUUAAAAAAUAGUGCUAAGAUAGGUUUGCCACAAAGUCUCCACCUUCUUCCCGCAUCUAAUAGCAUACCAGUUUUCUUUUUUUUUUGCAAUCUAUGAUGCCAACAAAAAGUAGACCUCUUUAUUCAACCCUAUUAUAAUAGACGCUGCUAGUAUAGCCACCCCACCCAAAAUAAUGUCUGUCCUAUUCCCUUCGAAAGGUGUUUCUCAGUUUAAAUUCGUGUACAUCUGCUCUACUGGUAAUAAUUACUGCUUUGUUCUUACAAGCAACAAAAUAGGAAGAAAACAAAAACAAACAAAAAUGAUAGCCUGGCUGAGGGAUGCAACCAUGCCUAUGGAUCCCGCAUUCGAAUCUGUAUCGUACGUAAGCUAGUAUGUACUUUAAGAAUAAAACUUGAAAAAUUCUA